AUGACAGGGUCCUCGUCCCAAUUUCAGCAGCUCGAGAAACUUGGAGAGGGUACUUAUGCCACAGUUUACAAGGGCAGAAAUAGAGCGACCGGCGCACUCGUGGCUCUUAAGGAGAUCAGCUUGGAUUCCGAAGAGGGCACACCGUCGACGGCCAUACGAGAGAUCUCUCUCAUGAAGGAAUUGGAGUACGAGAACAUUGUUACCUUGUACGAUGUGAUCCACACCGAGAACAAGUUGACUCUUGUCUUCGAGUACAUGGACAAGGACUUGAAAAAGUACAUGGAGACCCACGGCAACAACGGCGCACUAGACUUGAAAAUUGUUAAGCUGUUUAUGUUUCAGUUACUCAAGGGUAUUAUGUUUUGCCACGAUAACUCUGUUUUGCAUCGUGACUUGAAGCCGCAAAAUCUUUUGAUCAACCAGAAGGGCGAGUUGAAAAUUGGUGAUUUCGGCUUGGCGCGUGCCUUCGGUAUUCCAUUCAACACGUUUUCCAAUGAGGUUGUAACCUUGUGGUACAGAGCUCCCGAUGUCUUGUUGGGCUCUCGCGCUUACACCACUUCCAUCGACAUUUGGUCUGCCGGUUGCAUAUUCGCUGAAAUGUGCACGGGUAAACCUUUAUUUCCUGGUACCGCCAACGAUGAUCAGCUCAACAAGAUAUUUAGACUCAUGGGUACACCAAAUGAGAGAACCUGGCCUGGUGUGUCCCAAUAUCCCAACUUUAAGAACAAUUGGCAAAUCUACGUUCCUCAAGAUUUGCGCUUGAUUGUGCCCAAUUUGGACCCAAUGGGCUUGAAUCUAUUGACCUCUUUACUACAGAUGCGUCCUGAGGCUCGCAUAACUGCCAGACAGGCGUUACAGCACCCUUGGUUUCACGAACUUGGAAACCCAUUGCCGAACCCCACGAUGCAACCAUUGGCUGAUCCCUACCAGCACCACCAGCACCAGCCACAACCACAGCAAUAG